AUGCCUAUUAUUGCACUACCCAAAGAAGAACAGUUUUCUUCCGUUGAUGUUCAAGGAGACUUCAAAGAUGAAAAUUUCGCUUAUUUAGUUGGGUUCGAAGAGUUUGUGCCUGAAGGAUACGUUGAGAAGAAAAGCAAGGGCCGAGGAAAAGAUGUUAAAUCUCAAAAGAAUGAAAAUGAUACCCAGAAAGGUACUGAACGAGAAGAGAAGAAAUCCGAAAAAUCUGAAAAUACUAAGAACAAAAAGAACAAGAAGAAGAAUGACAAGAAAAACAAAGUAGAUAAGGAUGAAGGAGCCAAAUCAUCUGAAGCUGAAGGCGAGAAAGUGGAAUCAACGGAGGAAAAUAAGACCGAGGAAAAGAAGACGGAGAAACAGGAAGUCGCGAAGAAAGCAAGAAUUCUGAGGAGGAGAGAGAAGAAAAAGCUAAAUAGGAAACUGAAAAGACAAAUGGCAAAAGUGUCUUCUGAUGGAGUUACCACGGAAGAAGUUCCAAACAAGAAAAGGAGAUUGGAAACAGAUGAAAAAAAAAGUGAUGAUCAAGCUGUUAGCCAAAAGCAGAAAAAGGUGAAAAAAUCUGUACCAUCCGAAGAUUCUAAAGAAGGAGAGGAAGAAGAAGAGGAUGACUUAGAUGAGCCUGUUGCACCUCAAAGCUCUCAAGAAGAGGAUGAUGGCGAUUAUUCUGAGUGGGAUAAGUUCUUCCUACCACAAGAGAUAAUGGAUGCUAUUAAGAAAGAGAAAUUCCAUAAGCCGAGUGAAAUUCAAGAAUCAACCCUACUGAAUAGUAUUAGAAAUAGAGUAGACGUAUUGGGAGCGGCUGAAACGGGUAGCGGAAAAACUCUUGCAUUCGUGAUACCCGUAAUUGCUCGUAUAUUGGCGUCCGACGGUGAGAGCAAUGGACCGAAGGCUCUCAUAAUUGCACCAACUCGUGAGUUGGCAAUACAAAUAAAGAAAGUUGCAAUCUCCAUGUGUGCUUUUACACAAAUCAAAGUUGCAUGCGUCGUUGGAGGUUUGGCUGAACAAAAGCAGUUACGAGUUAUGUCGAAGAAGAAGCCCGAAGUAAUUGUGGCUACACCUGGAAGAUUAUGGGAUCUGAUGACAAGCGGCAAAUGCGAAUACUUAACCCAACUCGAAGAUGUCCAGUGUGUUGUAAUUGAUGAAACCGAUAGGAUGGUUGAACAGGGUCAUUUCAAAGAGCUCAAAUUGAUGCUUAAUCUGAUCAGAAGCAAAUCAAAAGCCGCCGCAGAAGAUAAGCUGCAAAUGCUUGUGUUUUCCGCGACUUUGACUUAUGUUCUCCCAGCCACCCAGACCAGGAAUAUGACAACUGAGCAGAAAAUCGAGUAUCUGAUUAAUGAGAUUGGCUUACGAUCUCAGAGAGCUGUUAUCGAUAUUACUAACAACAGUGUUACUCCAAAGCGUCUCGUAGAGACCAGAAUUAACUGUGAUGAUCUCUUGGAUAAGGAUUUGAAUGUCGUGUACCUUCUGAACAGGUACAAAGGUCGUACUCUGAUAUUUACGAACUCUCUUGACGCUUCUCGUCGUCUGUAUGGUAUCUUAGGACACUUGAAAUUAAGUCCAAUGAUUUUGAACUCAAAUAUGAUUCAACGUCAACGUCUGAAAAAUUUGGAGAGAUUCACAGGUACUGAACAUACUUUCGGUCUUUAUGAGCAUAAGUAUCUAGCAAGUGAAUUUGGUGUUCUACUAGCAACAGAUGUUGCCGCCAGAGGUUUGGACAUUAAAGGAAUAGAGCACGUCAUUCAUUAUCAAGUUCCAAAAACUGUUGAGACAUACAUCCAUCGAUCGGGUAGAACUGCUCGUGCGAGCGAAUCUGGUUUAGCCGUUCUUAUGGUAGAUCCAAAGGACGCCUUCUUAUAUCGCAGGUUAUGCAAAAAUCUUCAGAGAGAACAAGAUCUACCCGUGUUCCCGAUUGAUUCCGUACAUUUGAAGAACGCUCUUCGAGAACGAGUGAAAUUGGCAUCAGAAUUGGAUGUUACGUUGUAUCGUGCUAAGAAAAUUAGAUUGAACGAGAACUGGUUCCAAAAAGCUGCUCUGGAAGCAGAUCUUGAUUUGCAUGAUAGGAAUGAUGAGAUUGAAAAUGCAAAUUACGCUUUGAGCGGACUAUUGUCGACGCAAGACGAUAUAAAAUACAAAUUAGCUCACGAAUUGAGAUGUCCGCUACCUGACAUUAACUUCCUGAAAGAAAAUUUGAAAACAAGCUACGUGACACCAGAAUUGGCUGCAAAGCAUCAGAAGGCCGUUUGCUUCGAAGCCUUAGAAGGAUUGAACUCCAAAAUGACCGAAGUCAAGGAGUUGAAGAAGAAAAUGAGGAAGAAGGCUAAGAUGAUGUCAAAAGCGAAGACUAUAAAGAAGACUAAGACGAAGUCUACUAGUGUCCCAAGCGUAUAA